AGUGCCGGCGCCGCUGGAGACGCGUCGAGUUCACCGACGCGCCAGGUCUGCCGACGCGCCGUGUUCGCCACCGCGCCAGGUGUGCCGACGCGCCGGGACAUUCGUUAAGCCGAGUCGGCGUCUCGGUCAGUCUGUGGUUGGUGCAGUGACCUGCUGUGGCGGCGGAACAGUGCUGACAAAUUGAGUUUACCGCACUUGGUGAGAUUGGGCCUGGUGAGUGGUCCGACCUGCGAACUCGCGAUACCGCCAUGUGAUGAGACGCAGUCUCCGGCGCCGUUGGUGUUAGUGUCCUGUGACGAUCUGCAGUCUCCCAUGUGUGUGCUGUGAUCGAGUGGUGUCGCCUGACGGCGGACAGUGGCGCAGUGUUCUCCCUGCGAGGUAUCGCCAUGGACGACGAGCGAACCAAGACACGGAUUCGCGAGGAACUGUCGCGCAGCGGCGCUGCGAGCCGAGCUAUCGAACAUUUCAAUAGAAUCGCCGGCGGUGCGGGUGGAGGUAACAGCGGUGGCGGAGCUGUGCAAAAUGCAGCUGAGAGGGUCAGCCCGGCCAAACCGCAUCACCAUCACCGACACACAUGCAAAAAGCACAAGGAGAGGGCUCAGGAGCGGGCGCAGGAGCGGGCACUACGAGACACUACCACAGCUGUAGAGGUGGAGUCUAAGGCCAGCCGACCGCCACAUACCAACUACGAGCCGAUUGAGGUGCCGGAGAGGGAGCCCAAAGCCGCCAGGGCGCGGAGUCAGACCCCGGCGGCUCUACCGGUCCGACCGACACGGCCUGAGCUGCGGACUGUGCCUGAAGAGCCGCGACCGAGCCGGACAGAGUCUCGACUGGCGGAGGAGCAGACCCGGCCCGGCAGUCAGGCGGCGCGACCGACCCCCCUCACCAAGGCGGACAAGACAACACCGGAGCGACCGCCCGGCCCGCCUGUGGAGCAGCUCUGGCCCAAACACUGGGGAGCCUACAGCGACAACCCGGACCGGGACAGCUUGGACGGAAACCUGCCGUCGAGCAGCCAUGGCACGGCCACCAACCCCCCUCCGGCGCCGCCGCUCGGCCCGCUAGCCACGCCCGCCAGCUUCACCAAGGGACCCAACGCCAAAAAGAAGCACAAGAAGCUGAAGGCGGACGAUACCGUCGCCUCAACUGAUAAAGAGAAGACGAUGAAGCGCCAGGACUCUGAGAGCGGCGACAGCGCCUGGGAGGAGACCGAGCCAUGCACACACAUGUGGGUGGUCCUGUCGUCGAUGUACGGCAAGCUGGUGGUGCUGCUCACCAUCGCCUUCUGCCUCACAGAGGUGAUGGACAACUCCAUCCUGCCGCUGACAUUCCAGGGCGUGUUCAUGAUGUACCUCUACGUGGGGAGCAUCAUCGCCAUCCUGUGCAUCUACAUCACCGUGGUAGCCGACAACAUCCCCAGCGUGACGUCCUCCAAGCAGGACCUGACGCAGGCCGACCCGGACAUCACCAGCCUGGCCAGCUUCGGCACGCUCAAGAGGGCGCACAUCUCACGCUCCAAGACGACGCGCACCAGCUUUUACCUACGAGUCGGCGCUCUUUUGUUUGGUUUCGGCACGCUGGUGUUUAACGGUCUGGAGAUCGCCAUGCGCUCCACCACGGACACGGCCUGCAGCGGCGAGCUGUCGUUCGCGCACCCCAUCCUGCAGGCCAUCUUCACCUUCCUGCAGAUGCACUUCCUCUUCGUCAACUCAGAGGUCGUUGUGGAGAAGUUCGGUCAGAUGGCGCGGUUCGGCUUCAUCCACCUGGUGGCCACCAAUCUGUCCGUGUGGUUCCGGAUGGUGAUUUGGGACUCGGCUCACGAGUGGGUCCACUUCGUGCACCUGCACGCCCAGCCGGACCGUCCGCUGCAGUACGGCGGCACGCCCAGCCCCAGCGCACUACGGCUGCAGGGUUUCCCGGGUCUGAAGGAUCUCGGCUACGAGGGCUACCUGGACGUGGACGUCACCACGGAGGCGUCGCCGGUGGACCGCUCGCUGGAUCUUGGCAUGCGCGACUCGGGCGUCCUCUACUACGGAAACCCCUUCACAUCAGGUGCCGAGUCUGUGACGGCACCGUGCGUCAACGGCUCGCUAUUCUCAUUCACAACUGCGCAUGCCCAGCGGGUAAUGCGGCUCUACCAGUGCUACAACAACAACACGCUCGGACAGAUGUGGACCAAGUCGAUGCCCUACCUGUUCCCCUUCAUCGUCGAGUACAGCCUGAUCGCGGCAGCGGUGACCUACAUCAUGUGGAAGUCGGUGGGCCGCGAGCGCUCCAAGCAGGCGGAGACCAAGAAGGCCGACUCCGACAGCACGCUGGACUCUCGGCGACGGAAGCAGUGGCGCACCGACUGCCGCGCCGCCUCCAAGGGACUCUUCCUCGGUCUGCUCUGCCUGGUCGGCGGCAUCGUGGUGCUCAUCAUCUUCUUCGUGAUGAAGGACACGACCGAGUUCCAGGGCCAGAUGUUCUGGCUCUCUGCCGGCACCCAGCUGGUGGUCCUCAGUCUCUCAGUUGUGAUGACCCUGGUUGGGUUCUACCAGGUGCCGAAGCUGUCGGUAACCCACAAGAAGAAGCCGCUGCAUCUGGACUCGAUGCUCAGCUCGGUGACAAUUGUCGGCGUGUACCUGCUGGGUAUUUUCGGUCUGAUCGUGGGAGGGAUCGAGCUGAACGAGCCGCGUCACCUGGUGCUGUUUGUACUAAACGUGACGCUCAUCGUGCAGACCACCUGCCAGGGGAUGCUGGUCUCGGAGGCCAGCCGGCGGCAGUGCGCCACCCGGCAGCAGCAGAUGGCCAAGCCCGGCCGACAGGUCAUCACCUUCCUCCUCUUCUCAAACGUCACCCUGUGGAUGAUGGACACGUUCAUGUCACACCACUGGCUCUCGCAGGAGAUGCAGUUCAACUACUACGGAUUCCUCGCCUGGGGCAUCAUCUCUCGCAUCAGCCUGCCGCUAAUGAUCUUCUACCGCUUCCAUCAGUCUGUCAUUCUUGUGGAGAUCUGGAAGAACACGUAUAAGACGCGUAGCGACUAGCGGGGAGGACGCAACCCUGACGACUCUGACACAGACUGGUACGGCAGCGGCAGCAGCGGCAGCAGCUGCAUCUGCAGCUGCGCCGGCAGCUGCAGCGUCACCUCCGAGUGCUCGCGCUGCCCGGUGUGCCGCACUGCCGCCGCUGCUGUAGCUGCCGCUCCCCCGUCCAUGUCCACUGACAGUAUGGACUCGGGCGCGGCGCGCGAGCUCCGCCACCGGCGCAGCCUGUUCGGCCGGCGCGCGCUGACGCCGCCGCCGCCGGCCGCCCGCCGGCCGCACUGGCGCCGUAGCCGGUCCCACUCGGUGGAGCGGCCCGGCCGGCGGCGGCGGCGGCGCCGGUCGGCCGCCCACUACACGGACCUGACAGACGACGAGCGGGCCGAGCCGGCGCCGCGCCUCUCCGCCGACCGGCUGCUGGGCUCUAGCGUUCUGCUGGCGCCGCACCCGCGCUGGCGCAGCGCCGCCGCCUCCGGGCUGAGCGCCCAGCUGCGCCGGCUCGCGGCGCCAGAGGUGGCCCGCUUCCUGCCGGCCGGCCGGCUCGGCCCGGACCCCCCUCUGUCCAGUGACGACCCGCUCGUGCUGGGCUGGUUGCAAGUCCAAUCUCCCCCCGCUGUCCCCCCGACCGGCAUCAAGCAGGUGCCGUUCCACCGUAACCUGGAGCAUCUGAUGAGGCUCUAGCGGCGCCGGCUGCCCGGCCAGCGCCGCUCGGCACCCUCAGACUGCUCCUAGCGGAGGGGCGACACCUGCCCGCCCGCGCCGCCGAGCCGCCACUCCCCAGUGACGGCGAGCGCGGCCCGGCAGCGCCGCAGACGCGACGACUGACGCGCACUCCACAGUGUUUCAACUUCUCUUCGUCUGUCUGUCUGUCCAUUCUCCGUGAACACAUUUCGGGCACCCACCAGCCAACUCUGCCGCCAGUGACGGCGGGCUGGCCCCGUCGCGUACAAUACAGACCGACUGACGGCCACUCACGGACUGACGCGAGACAGCCGCUCAUGAACUGACGCGAACGGACUGACGUCGCCGGGAAGUGACUGUGACUGUGACGCGACUGACGGCGGCAGAGGGCCAGAGCGUGCAAUACCGACACCUCACAGACUUAUAGGUGGUGCGGGGACUGCUGGUGCGGCCCACUGUCUCAACGUGCCCGUCCUUCACAGAGGAGGCGGAAUAGUGUCCGUAUUGUGCGCGAAAUGCCGAAAUGUUCUGCUUGCAGCCUGACAAAAUACUACCGACGUGAGUUAACCGUUAGUCAAUGGAGCAUGUUGAGGGGAGGAGAUGAGUCGUCAAAUUACGUCAAGCAGAUAUAUGUAAGUAACGCAUUCGGCUAACAGCAUGCUAAGGUUGUUGUUGAGGCUUGCUCGGCGCAUUAUUGAAGGAUACGGUUUGUCUCCGUGGAGUUACCACGGGACGUUGAUUUGUCUGUUAUUCGAGUAUUUAUUCCAUCGAAGCAGAGUUUCAGAGGCGAAUUAUGUUGUUUGUUUACCCUUAUUGUAUUUAUUGGUAUGUAAGUCGUGAACGCGUUGUGGUAUAGGUUGGCAGAGCGUAUGAAUGCUACCUACUGAUGUAUGCAAUAAUUGUGCGAGUGGGAAUGAUAAUACCGUCUGGCGAGUUGCGAACCAUGCUGUUAUCGAAUAGCAGAAGCGUCUGCAGUGUUCGCAACUCGAUUGGUACAAGUAGUUCGCCAAUAAACAAUAGAUCGAAAA